AUGUCGCACUCCAAGCCCGUGAUACCCCAAAACGACAAUGUCGCCCACGCGCUUGCCGGCGCUGGUGGCGGCAUCCUGUCCAUGGUUCUGACAUACCCGCUCAUCACACUAUCGACUCGUGCCCAGGUCGAGUCCAAGCGCGCUGACAGCGCCUUCCUCAAGGCGGUGCAGGCCAUCGUCGCGCGCGAGGGCGUCUCGGGCCUCUACGCCGGCCUGGACAGCGCGCUGUUCGGCAUCUCGGUGACCAACUUCGUCUACUACUACUGGUACGAGUGGACGCGCGCCUUCUUCGAGAAGGCGGCGGAGAAGGCCGGCCGCGCCAGCAAGAAGCUGACCACGGUCGAGAGCAUGAUCGCCGGCGCCAUCGCCGGGUCCGCCACCGUCAUCCUGACCAACCCCAUCUGGGUCAUCAACACGCGCAUGACCACCCGCAAGCACAAGGCCGAGGCCGAGGAGAAGGAGUCGCUGCCCGGCGCGCCCUCCACGCCCGUCAAGCGGCCCUCCACCGUGAGCACCCUGCUCGCUCUCCUGAAGAACGAGGGCCCGCAGGCGCUGUUCUCCGGCGUUGUGCCCGCCCUGGUGCUGGUCAUCAACCCCAUCCUGCAGUACACGCUGUUCGAGCAGAUGAAGAACGCCGUUGAGAAGCGGCGAAGGAUCACGCCGACGGUGGCCUUUUUCCUUGGCGCGCUCGGCAAGCUGUUCGCCACCAGCGUGACGUAUCCGUACAUCACCGUCAAGAGCCAGAUGCAUGUCGCUGGCAACGGCGAGAAGGAGGGAAUGUCGCAGGCAAUCAAGAGAGUCGUCAAAGAGGAGGGCUACGCCGGUCUCUAUAAGGGUAUUGGCCCCAAGGUCACACAGAGUGUCUUGACAGCAGCGUUCCUUUUUGCUUUCAAGGAUGUUCUCUAUGAGCAGACCAUCAAGCUGAGGGGCUCCCGCGCGCUCAAGGCGUAG